AAGAUUAUUGUGGAUUCUGUCACCAUGAGCCUUAAGACACAACUCAAGGUAGUUUAGGGUAAUUUGAACCAAAUAUAAUUUGCAUUUACUAUUCCUUUAACUCCCAGUUAUGACCCCACCCAGUAGGUGGCCGUAAUACACGAUUUUGGUGUAGUUCGCCGACAAAAACCUCAAAGAAGAAGACGUAAAACCGAAGCGAGCCGUGACCAAAAACUAUUUCCACUUUGCGAUUUUGUUGUCAUUUAGACGUUUUAUUAACACCCUGGAACUCAAAAUAUUAUUAAUUUAUCUUCACAGCAUCGCACACUUACCCCCAGAUAUGAUUUAAUUCGCAUUGGAGACAGGACUUGGUUGAUAGAUGUUAUCUAGGUAACGCUAGCUAGUUGCGAAAGUUAACCUAACGAUGGCUGUGGUUUUUCACACUCAAAUAGCCUCCAUUAUGGAGGUGCUAGCGAAUGCAGCCGUGGCAGAGAUUUGUAAACUCGUAGACGACGACUAUGCAGUGUUUCGUUUGGAAAUAACUCAAAGCCAGAAAGAAAACGGGGCAUUACGGAGGAAACUACAGUUACUGGAACUGAAGAAGGUGGCGCGAGAGCGCGUCCUCGCCAGUUGUCCCAGUAGUGUCAAGAUCCUCGACCGAUACAGAGGAUUGACAAGAGGCCACGUGAGCUUUGUGAAGCCAGCAAGACACAAUACAUGGAGAGAUGACCAACCAAUCACUGUUGAUGAGGGGAGUGGAACCUCAACACAGCAUGUUAUUGUGAUAGAGUCUGCAGAUGCUGAAGGUCCUGGUGUCAAGCAGGAGAGUUCUGAAGGAGAGGAUGACCCACGGCACAUCCAAACUGGAGUGCCUCCUGUAGCCAUGGAGGACCCCACCACUGCCCCAGCGGCACCCAGGACCCGACGCAGCAUCACGGAGGUUGGUGGAACUCUGAAUGCCACCCUCAAGUCAGAGACAGACACCAAGAAUUUAACAGGUCUGGGGCGAUUGGGCUGUCCUCCUGCUCUCCGCUCACAAUAUUUACUUGAUGGUAACCCAAGCCCGAGGAUGGAUCUGUCCAAUCAGGACUUAGGUGACACAUUACAGACUGGCAAUGAUCCGUCCUGUUCAUAUGCUACAGAGAUGAUACCUGGUGAUAUGCCAGUCAUCUUAGAUACACAGACUAAUCCAAUGAGAGGGGACUGGAACCGGUACAGUAGUAGUGUAUACCCUGAAGGGUGCCUAGAUAAGAAAGGGGAGGUUAUAGUGAUAGAUGAGGUGACUGUGAAAGUGGAGGGUGCUGCUCCUCUGACAUGGUAUGCAGACAGGACUCACUUAGGAGAAGGCCAUUCACAGGGCAACACCAGUGACUUCUUAGACUGCAGGGAAAGCUUAGAGACAAAUCUAACUGUUGCAACCCACUCCCCUUUACACACGCUCAUCAGGGAUCACGACCCACUGUCCACGCCGAUCUCACCUUCCAAUUCACAAUACCUUUUCGAUCAGGUAUUGAACUCAAACAACAGGGCUAGAGUCCAGGCUCGGGGAGGGGGAGCCACAUCAGGCAAUAGCAAAGAGAAACGGUUCCUCUGCAUGUUCUGUAACAAAGGCUUCAGCAGCUCCCAGAAGGUGGAGAUCCACCAGAGGGUCCACACAGGGGAGAAACCAUACAGCUGUAUCCAGUGUCAUAUGCGCUUCACCCAGGCUGGUGACCUGAAGAGGCACCAGAGGGUCCACACAGGGGUGAAACCCUUUAGCUGUACCACGUGUCACAUGAGCUUCGCCCAGGCUGGCAACCUGAAGAGGCACCAGAGGGUCCACACAGGGGAGAAACCCUACAGCAACCCUCAAGUGUGAGAAGAGGUUCUCCCACCAGCACCAACUGAACAUGCACUUAAGUCCACACGGGGGAAAGACCAUUUGCCUGUAUGCACUACGGGAAGAGGUACUCCGAGGAUACACCAGCAGAAAAAACAUUCCACGGAUUGACAUAGAAAUGAACCAUUCCACUCGAUAGCUGCUGACGUUUAGAUCAAACCUUGCAUUAAAGACAAAGAUAAAUGUUAAUUGGUGUCAGCAGAAAAGCUCCACAUAUGCAUUUGGAAUAACAGAUUUCAGUGUUGAAUACUCCCGGGUAGAACAUUGCAUCCAGACAUGAUAUAAGCCUAAAAAGUCAGUUUCAUGGUGUUUGUACUGUGUAGGAUAUGAUGUUCAACUACCUAAUGUUUUUCCCAAGACACUUUUAUUGAGAAAAUGAAUGCAGUUUAUCAAGUUCAUUCUGAUUUUUAGUUGAGACGUAUGUGUGGUUUUAUAUGGUGUAUUUAAAUCCCAAAAUGGGGCUUUUCAUUAAUUGAGACUCUCUUUAGUAUAUAUCACAUCUGCUCUCACCCUAGUCUUAAAACACCAGGCAGCGCUUUAUAACCAAUAUACAUGUUUAAAAAUUCUAAUUUAAAAAAAAUUUAAAAGCCAUUCGACAUGCUUGAAUGGACGCGUUUUUGAAUAGCCAUUUUUACAUGGUCCUUCAUAUCGCCAGAUUCUGACUCGGCUACAGUUAAGAUGUUCAAUUACCCAAAAGAGGCUUAAAUGUUGCUCAGAUGAGUUACCCUGCCCUCCUAAGCCAUAUGAGGCUGUUGUCACCACCCGCUACACAAAGACGAAGCUGUCGAGUCCCAGAAAAUGAGCAGCGAGGCCUUACACACCUCUCUCAUCACACAGUCAACCAUUGGUCAGGUAGUGACCACCCUCCCCAGCUGGGACCUGCCCCGUGAGAGAGAAGAGAUCAGGAGGAAAGAGCUGUCAAACAUAUGGCACGCAGCUAUACAUUUGUUAUAUCACUUUCUUCUAUAUAUGUUUUGGGGGGUGGAGGGGAAACAAAUUCAUAAUACAUUAAAAUGACUCAAACCAAAUCGAAACUGUAAAAAUUAUAAUUGACUUACAUUUACAGUGCAUUCAGAAAGUAUUCAGACCCCUUGACUUUACACAUUUUGUUGAGUUACAGCUUUAUUCUAAAAUUGAUUCAAUAGUUUUUUUCCCUCUCAAUAUACACACAUUACCCCAUAAUGACAAAGCAAAAACAGGUUUAGACAUUUUUGCACGUUUAUUAAGAAUAAAAACAGAAAUAUGUAAAUGUGA